GUAGGUGGCGUCUCAUGGCAGCUCGACGCCGGAGUGUACUUCUGCUCAUCGGUCUCUUGCUUUGCCUGACCGACCUCGCCAACUCACAGUUGAUCAAACUACCGCGUCUUUCCGGCAGACUACGGCUUCCCUUUUUCCGUAAACCGGGGAAAGAACCUGCAGGUAGCCAACAGAACGUUGAGGCGGAUCUCACUCAAUUCCUCCAAAAUGGCGCCUCACCAAACGGCCCAACCUUGCACAAACUUCUCCUGAAACAGUACAAUGGCCCACCGCUACAAAGCCCCCCCGGCUUUCCGCGACCAUUCCCUUUCGGCAUGCCGCGACUUCCCCCACCAUACUACCCUUUCCCAAUACCAGGACGCCUACCGCCCCCACCAGGGUCAUUUGGGCCCAAGCCCCUGGGUACCACACCACCAUACGUGGGAGUACCACCACCACCACCACGUCCACCUCAAUUUAGUGGUCCACCUCGACCACCGAAAGGCGGGCCGCACAAGGCGCCACCGAUCGUCUUUGGCGAAAAGGACCAGCGCGGAAGUGCAUCGUAUGACCAUUCUGGCGAGGUGGACGACGAUGUUCCCAUUGUGAUUCGCGGAAGGAAGCAUCCAAAACGUCGCCGUCCCAUUGUCAUCGAAGAUAUAGACAGUGAUGAAGAUGAUAACAGACCGGUUAUCUUGCGAGGGAGAAAGCCGUACAGGACGCAAAGACCUCUUGACGAAGACGACGAAGACGAGGACCUAUUCGACAACAGACGACGCCCCAUAACUUUAGUUCAAGAACUGUCAGAUUCGAGGCCAUACAGAGGUCGUCCUUCAUUCGAAGACCAUUUUCCCUCAAAGCCACAAAGUUAUGGCAGCGACCGGUUUAUUCCACCAACGAGGUCAAGCUUUUUCCAACCAGACAGCAGCAAGUACGACCACAUUAUGGCAUCGGAACAGACCAAUCAUGAACACGCUUCGUCUCCUCCAUUCUUUUCUGGAGUACCACCUAGCGUCAUGGAGCAAGUUAACAGGAUCAUGUCUUCCCGUCACCACCACAUGAACAGUGCUUCGCUAGGCGAAUCUGGUGCACAGAUUUUUUUUAACGAACCAAAAGUGGUCAUAUCGCCCCACUUGGACAGUCCGCCACCAGUUAGACAGCGAUUUGAGGCACCAGUGAUUGAGCAGAAAGAAGGGCUGCCACCUGAGAAACCACUUCUCUUCCACCUGUCCAAUAAGGCAACAAAUUUGUUGCAGGACAAAUAUGUCCAAGCCUUGAUAGUUCCUCUUCAAAGUAACCUCGAUGCUGUUGGCGCUAACCGUGCACUCUAUAAUCCUUCAGAAGAAGUCACCCUUCCACAGGGGGUUAAUGACGUCAAAGAGAAGGAGGAUCAGGAAGGGUCUUCUAAGCAGACACCUAUGGCUGCACAUACUUUCCCACCUGCAACAUAUAUAACGCCACCCGGUUAUAUGAACAGAGGAGAUAAUGGCAUCCAGACACUGGAGGAACAAAGUAACGCCCAACCAACUGCAAUUCGCAUUCUCGUUAGAAACCCCGUUGAUGGCAGCAGUCGAGAGGUUUUUUCCACAGCUUUUAAACCGGAAAAGCAGCAAGAAGGUGGCGGAAACAAGGUUGUCAUCAUUGCAAUUCCAAAGGACGAGAAUGAACAGAUGCCAAAUUCGAGGUCCAGCAGCGUGGCAAAUACAUAUUUCCAAUCGACAAGUCCUAACAACGCGGGCGGCGCAUCCAAGCUACAAAAUCUUGCGCCAAAAGUACCACAUACCGUAUCCCUUCCAUCAAAGUACCAAUAUGAUGCACCUUUGGGCAAUGGAAUUACUUUUAGUCAGACUACACAACCUUAUAGCACCCAAAUUACACCAUCAAAGACUGAUCCUUCCUCCACGUAUUUUGGAGUUCCGCAGAUGUUUCCUCACUCACCACCUAAGGAAGCUUCGAGGCACGAGGUAAACCAACAACCAGUUUAUAAUGACCCACAGGUGUACAAUGCACAAAAAGCUAGUACGGGAAGCAAAAUUCAGGUGACGGCACCAGCUGUUCAACAGUACACGGCGCAGCAUCCUUCUUACUCAGCGGGACAGGAAGAUAGGACCUCUCUGGUAGCUCUACCGAUGACGACGUUCACCUGCCAAAACAAGGUUCCAGGGUUCUAUGCAGACACGCAGCAUAAAUGCCAGGUAUAUCACCAGUGCAACAGCGACAGCACAGCCCAGUCAUUCCUUUGCCCCAAUGGCACUGCAUUCAACCAGCAAUCUCUGGCCUGUGAAUGGUGGUACCGAUGCCCACAGUACGACAGCACCAGUAGCGCAUCUGGUGUUGGCACCAACCCUGUCCGCUCGCAAUCGAGUUACACCACAUCCGUAAGCUACAGUGUUGGAGGAUCCUCGCAUCAAAUUUCGGCACCACCUUCCGUCUCGACAUACGCAACCGUACUGAAACAGACGUCAAAGUACAAAGUGCCGACAGAGAGCCUGAGGCUAAACAAGACAUCACCAACAGGGGGAUUCAAGGCUCGGAGGCCGACUCAACUCCAAGGCACAACACGACAGAGGAGGUUACGAAAACCGGCAACAUCAACUACUACAGUAGUGCCACUUCUUACAUCCACGUGAUCUGUGUGUUCAUAAAACAACCAAAUAUGUUAUUCUAUCACCUCAGGUUUUUGUCAUAGACUGUGAACUGUGAGCGAAAGAGACGAGAUUACUGCGCGCGUGCCUGCAGGGCUGGCACGUGACUUCCAUAACUUGUAAAUAUAGCUUUCCCGUGUGUGUGUGUGUGCUGACUUUGCACUGUGUGCGGAGCUUUUAAUAAAAAUUGUAUUUAAUUUAA